AUGGAUUUCAUCGCGAGUGAAGCAGAGGAGUCUGAGGAGGAAUUUGGGAGUACAGCAUGUGAAUAAUUUUGUUUUCAUUUCAAAGAUGUCCCUUGACAGUUUAUCAUCACAAUGACCCUAAAUAAGAUCAAUGGUAACAAUGUGCAGGCUACACACAAUGUCAUGUGUCAUCUUACUUGAUGUACAACUUCUUGAUUUGUGACUUAGAUGAGGAGGAGGAAGAGGAGAAUACAGAGGACCAAGAUGAUGAUGGAAACCUCCGUGGUCUGAUUGAUGAUGGUGUGGAUGAAGGGGAGGGAGAGGAAGAGGAGGAGAAGGAAGGGAAGAGAGAUAAAGAAGGAGAUAGUGACUCUGGGGAGGAAAUUGGACACCAUAAGAGGAAGAGAAGUAAGUGGUCAUUCAUAAAUUGGUCCUGUAUUUAUUGCUGUCUGGGCUGCAUUGUGAUUGCUUCCUAGCCACAUUGUAGGCUAUCUCUUCAGGCUUUGAAUAAACUAUAAUGGCGUAAACCCUUUGAUUAAAUUUUGCCCAUUCAGAUUCAAGCCUUCAUGAUUUGUUACACCAAACAGUGUGAAGCAGAAUCAUGUGUACCAACAAUAAUCACCUUUGGUGUUUGAGUAUCUUCCGUUUUCUGUCUACAGGCUUUGACGACCGCUUGGAUGAUGAUGAUAUUGAUCUCAUUGAGGAGAAUUUGGGAGUAAAAGUGAAAAGGGUAAAUAUUUCGAUGCCAUUAUGGCAAGCAAAAUGCAUUGUCAUCAUGGACAUUGUAUAGCACACAGCUGAGGUCUCAUGUCAUGUCCCAAAGUCCCACUCUCUAAAAAUAGUAUGUAAAAGGAGAUUGACUAAAAUGUUUUUCUGAUACCUCUACUCCUUCCUUAUCCCCAUAAACAGCAAAAGUUCCGUCGUUUGCGAGACAUGUCGGACGAUGAGGAUGAGGAGGGAGAUGACGACGUCAGGGAGGCCCAUGAGAAGAACAUGAUAGCGGAUGAGAUCUUCAUGGGGACAGGAGCGGAUGAGGGCGAGGCAUUGGAUGUGCCUUUGCAUCCCAGGGAGGAUGAGGAGGAGGACGAUGAAGAGUCUGGUAUGAAACAUUGCAGUUGCUUCAUCUAUAAACAGUGGAGUGGUUUUGAGUUAGCAGCUUUUUAAAAAGCCAUUUGAAAAUAUUUUUUUUCCUCAGAUAUCGAUGACUUUAUUGUGGAUGAUGACGGACAGCCCUUGAAGAAACCCAAGUGGAGGAAGAAGCUGCCUGGAUAUACAGAUGCGUAAGUGAUUCUGACAUUUAAUUUAAUUACUUAGUUCCCCAUUUGCAGUAGCCUCUCCACCUGCAAGCUCACCCGAAAGUAAGAAGUCCUAUCUGUGCAAUAGAAUUUGAUAUGUUAGAUGUGUCCCAAAUGGCACCCUAUUCCCUUAAAAGUAGUGCACUAUAAAGGGAAUAGGGUGCCGUUUGGGACAGAGCCAUGUUUACCUUUACUCAUCUGCAUUAUUUAAUACUGAGCACCACUCCCUUUUUACAGAGCCCUUCAGGAGGCCCAGGAGAUAUUCGGAGGGGACUUUGACUUUGCCGAGUUUGACACUGAAGCCUAUGAAAAUGCAGAGGAGGAGGAGGAUGCAGAUGAAGAGUCAUGGGACCGGCCCAAGAAGCAAGCCAAGAAGAGGGUGGGCCGACGCAGUAUCUUUGAGAUCUAUGAGCCCAGCGAGCUGGAGAGCAGUCACAUGACGGACCAGGACAAUGAGAUCCGCUCCACUGACAUGCCAGAGAGGUUCCAGGUGUGUAUACUUCUAUAGGAAAUAGGGUGCCAUUUGGGACAUAUUCAUAGUCAUAGGGACACGUGAGCGCCUGAAAUUCACCUAUAACUGUUAAGGGCUUGACUCUGUAGCCCAGUGGUAUUCAAACUAGGCAAAUCCUCGCCUUAUCUUAGAUCCAGCAGGUAUAUCUCACUGGUCAUCCCCAAAGCCAACACCUCCUUUGGCCGCCAUUCCUUCCAGUUCUCUGCUGCAAAUGACUGGAACGAACUGCAAAAAUCUCUGAAGCUGGAGACACUUACCUCUCUCACUAACUUUAAGCAUCAGUUGUCAGAGCAGCUUACCGAUCACUGCACCUGUACACAGCCCAUCUGUAAUUAGCCCACCCAACUACCUCAUCCCCAUAUUGUUAUUUACAUUGUUAUUUAUUUUGGACAUUUGCACCCCAGAAUCUCUAUUUGCACAUCAUCUUCUGCACAUCUAUCACUCCAGUGUUAAUACUAAAUUGUAAUUAUUUGGCACUAUGGCCUAUUUAUUGCCUUACCUCCAUAACUUACUACAUUUGCACACACUGUAUAUAUAUUUUCUAUUGUGUUAUUGACUGUACGUUUUGUUUAUUCCAUAUGCAACUCUGUGUUGUUGUUGUUUUUAUCGCACAGCUUUGCUUUAUCUUGGCCAGGUCACAGUUGUAAAUGAGAACUUGUUCUCAACUGGCUUACCUGGUUAAAUAAAGGUGAAAUAAAGAAAAAAUAUAUUUUAAAAAAAUUAUUCAGCAAGAAUCUUUGCAGACCAGAUUUUUUUCACAAUAGUUUCUCGUGACCCCACACCACCCCAAAUAUAAUGACACAACCUUAAAAUCGGUACACUUUGAUUUUUACAUCCACAAAUAACCUUAAAUUCAUUACAUUUUCAUCUCUUAUCAAAAUGAAAAGAAACCAAUAAAUACCAUUUACUAAAUAAAAUACAAAAUGUCUAAUUAUCUUUCUCAAAAACGUUGUAUAUUGUCCCAUACAAUAAUCUGUACAUUUAAUUUGUUUAGUUGCGCUCCACUUGUGUGAAGCCUGCAGAGGAUGAUGAGCUGGAACAGGAGGCUGAGUGGAUCUAUAGGAAUGCCUUCUCUACUCUCACCAUAUCCAUGCAGGUACUGGAGUGAGGAUCUUUUAGCUAGGUCUCAUAAGACAAUUAGUUAAAGUUGAUGCUACAGUCUACAGUGCAUUCGGAAAGUAUUCAGACCAAUUCAUUUUUUCCACAUUUUGUUACAUUACAGCCUUAUUCUAAAAUGGAUUAAAUUGGUUUAAAUUGGUUCUCAAAUCAAAUCAAAGCAAAUUUUAUUGGCCACAUGCGCCGAAUACAACAGGUGCAGACAUUACAGUGAAAUGCUUACUUACAGCCCUUAACAAACAGUGCAUUUAUUUUUAAUAAAAAAGUAAAAUAAAAUAACAACAAAAAAGUGUUGAGAAAAAAAGAGCAGAAGUAAAAUAAAAUAACAGUAGGGAGGCUAUAUAUACAGGGGGGUACCGGUGCAGAGUCAAUGUGCGGGGGCACCGGCUAGUUGAGGUAGUUGAAGUAAUAUGUACAUGUGAGUAGAGUUAAAGUGACUAUGCAUAAAUAAUUAACAUAGUAGCAGCAGCGUAAAAAGAUGGGGUGGGGGUGGGGGGGGCAGUGCAAAUAGUCCGGGUAGCCAUGAUUAGCUGUUCAGGAGUCUUAUGGCUUGGGGGUAGAAGCUGUUGAGAAGUCUUUUGGACCUAGACUUGGCACUCCGGUACCGCUUGCCGUGCGGUAGCAGAGAGAACUGUCUAUGACUAGGGUGACUGGAGUCUUUGACAAUUUUGAGGGCCUUCCUCUGACACCGCCUGGUAUAGAGGUCCUGGAUGGCAGGAAGCUUGGCCCCAGUGAUGCACUGGGCCGUACGCACUAUCCUCUGUAGUGCCUUGCGGUCGGAGGCCGAGCAGUUGCCAUACCAGGCGGUGAUGCAACCAGUCAGGAUGCUUUCGAUGGUGCAGCUGUAGAACUUUUUGAGGAUCUGAGGACCCAUGCCAAAUCUUUUCAGUCUCCUGAGGGGGAAUAGGCUUUGUCGUGCCCUCUUCACGACUGUCUUGGUGUGUUUGGACCAUGAUAGUUCGUUGGUGAUGUGGACACCAAGGAACUUGAAGCUUUCAACCUGUUCCACUACAGCCCCGUCGAUGAGAAUGGGGGCGUGCUCAGUCCUCUUUUUUUUCCUGUAGUCCACAAUCAUCUCCUUUGUCUUGGUCACGUUGAGGGAGAGGUUGUUAUCCUGGCACCACACGGCCAGGUCUCUGACCUCCUCCCUAUAGGCUGUCUCAUCAUUGUUGGUAAUCAAGCCUACUACUGUUGUGUCGUCGGCAAACUUAAUGAUGGUGUUGGAGUCGUGCCUGGCCAUGCAGUCAUGGGUGAACAGGGAGUACAGGAGGGGACUGAACACGCACCCCUGAGGGGCCCCCGUGUUGAGGAUCAGUGUGGCAGAUGUGUUGUUACCUACCCUUACCACCUGGGGGCGGCCCGUCAGGAAGUCCAGGAUCCAGUUGCAGAGGGAGGUGUUGAGUCCCAGGAUCCUUAGCUUAGUGAUGAGCUUUGAGGGCACUAUGGUGUUGAAUGCUGAGCUGUAGUCAAUGAAUAGCAUUCUCACGUAGGUGUUCCUCUUUUCCAGGUGGGAAAGGGCAGUGUGGAGUGCAGUAGAGAUUGCAUCAUCUGUGGAUCUGUUGGGGCGGUAUGCAAAUUGGAUUGGGUCUAGGGUUUCUGGGAUAAUGGUGUUGAUGUGAGCCAUGUCCAGCCUUUCAAAGCACUUCAUAGCUACAGACGCAGGUUAUCAUUUAGGCAGGUUAUCUUAGUGUCCUUGGGCACGGGGACUAUGGUGGUCUGCUUGAAACAUGUUGGUAUUACAGACUCAGUCAGGGACAUGUUGAAAAUGUCAGUGAAGACACUUGCCAGUUGGUCAGCACAUGCUCGGAGUACACGUCCUGGUAAUCCAUCUGGCCCUGCGGCCUUGUGAAUGUUGACCUGCUUAAAAGUCUUACUCACAUCGGCUACGGAGAGCGUGAUCACAUAGUCAUCCGGAACAGCUGGUGCUCUCAUACAUGCUUCAGUGUUGCUUGCCUCGAUGCGAGCAUAGAAGUGAUUUAGCUCGUCUGGAAGUCUUGUGUCACUGGGCAGCUCGCGGCUGUGCUUCCCUUUGUAGUCUGUAAUAGUUUUCCAGCCCUGCCACAUCCGACGAGCGUCAGAGCCGGUGUAGUACAAUUCAAUCUUAGUCCUGUAUUGACUCUUUGCCUGUUUGAUGGUUCGUCGGAGGGCAUAGCAGGAUUUCUUAUAAGCGUCCGGGUUAGAGUCCCGCUCCUUGAAAGCGGCAGCUCUACCCUUUAGCUCAGUGCGGAUGUUUCCUGUAAUCCAUGGCUUUUGGCUGGGGUAUGUACGUACGGUCACUGUGGGGACGACAUCAUCGAUGCACUUAUUGAUGAAGCCAGUGACUGAUGUGGUGUACUCCUCAAUGCUAUCUGAAGAAUCCCGGAACAUGUUCCAGUCUGUGCUAGCAAAACAGUCCUGUAGCUUAGCAUCUGCGUCAUCUGACCACUUUUUUAUUAACUGAAUCACUGGUGCUUCCUGCAUUAGUUUUUGCUUAUAAGCAGGAAUCAGGAGGAUAUAGUUAUGGUCAGAUUUGCCAAAUGGAGGGCGAGGGAGAGCUUUGUAUGCAUCUCUGUGUGUGGAGUAAAGGUGGUCUAGAGUUUUUUUUUCCUCUGGUUGCACAUUUAACAUGCUGGUAGAAAUUAGGUAGAACGGAUUUAAGUUUCCCUGCAUUAAAGUGCCCGGCCACUAGGAGCGCUGCCUCUGGAUGAGCGUUUUCCUGUUCACUAAUGGCCUUAUACAGCUCAUUCAGUGCAAUCUUAAUGCCAGCAUUGGUUUGUGGUGGUAAAUAGACAGCUAUUAAAAAUAUAGAUGAAAACUCUCUUGGUAAAUAGUGUGGUCUACAGCUUAUCAUAAGAUACUCUACCUCAGGCGAGCAAAACCUCGAGACUUCCUUAGUAUUAGAUUUUGUGCACCAGCUGUUGUUUACAAAUAUACACAGACCGCCACCCCUUGUCUUACCGGAGUCAGCCGUUCUAUCCUGCCGAUGUAGCGUAUAGCCCGCUAGCUGUAUGUUGUCCAUGUCGUCGUUAAGCCACGACUCAGUGAAACAUAAGAUAUUACAGUUUUUAAUGUCCCGUUGGUAGGAUAACCGUAAUCUUAGGUCAUCCAAUUUAUUCUCAAAUGAUUGAAGAUUGGCUAAUAGGAUUGAUGGGAGAGGCAGUUUACUCGCUUGCCGUCGGAUCCUUACAAGGCACCCCGACCUACGUCCACAAUAUCUCUGUCUCUUUCUCAUGCGAAUGACGGGGAUUUGGGCCUUGUCGGGUGUCUGUAGGAUAUCCUUCGCGGACGCCUCGUUGAAGAAAAAAUCUUCGUCCAAUACGAGGUGAGUAAUCGCUGUCCUGAUAUCCAGAAGCUCUUUUUGGUUAUAAGAUACGAUGGCAGAAACAUUAUGUACAAAAUAAAUUACAAAUAACGCGGAAAAACACACAUAAUAGUACAAUUGGUUAGAGGGCUGUAAAACGGCAGCCAUCUUCUCCGGCGCCAUUCUGUAGUGGGUACUUUGUUGAAGCUCCUUUGGCAGCGAUUGCAGGCUCGAGUCUUCUUGGGUAUGACGCUACAAGCUUGGCACAUCUGUAUUUGGGGAGUUUCUCCCAUUCUUCUCUGAAGAUCCUCUCAAGCUCUGUCAGGUUGGAUGGGGAGUGUUGCUGCACAGCUAUUUUCAGGACUCUCCAGAGAUGUUAGAUCGGGUUCAAGACCGGGCUCUGGCUGGGCCACUCAAGGACAUUCAGAGACUUGUCCCGAAGCCAGUCUGAGGUCCUGAGUGGUCUGGAGCAGGUUUUCAUCAAGGAUCUCUCUGUACUUUGCUCCGUUCAUAUUUCCCUCGAUCCUGACUAGUCUCCCAGUCCCUACCACUGAAAAACAUCCCCAAAGCAUGAUAAUGCCACCACCAUGCUUCACCGUAAGAAUGGUAUUGGACAGGUGAUGAGCGGUGCCAGGUUUCCUCCAGACGUGGCGCUUUGCAUUCAGGCCAAAGAGUUCAAUCUUGGUUUCAUCAGACCAGAGAAUCUUGUUUCUCAUGGUCUGAGAGUCCUUUAGGUGCCUUUUGGCAAACUCCAAGCGGGCUGUCAUGUGCCUUUUACUGAGGAGUGGCUUCCGUCCGGCCACUCUACCAUAAAGGCCUAAUUGGUGGAGUGCUGCAGAGAUGGUUGUCCUUCUGGAAGGUUCUCCCAUCUCCACAGAGGAACUCUGGAGCUCUGUCAGAGUGACCAUCGGGUUCUUGGUCACCACCCUGACCAAGGCCCUUCUCCCCCGAUUGCUCAGUUUGGCCGGGCGGCCAGCUCUAGGAAGAGUCUUGGUGGUUCCAAACUUCUUCCAUUUAAGAAUGAUGGAGGCCGCUGUGUUCUUGGGGACUUUCAAUGCUGCAGAAAUGUUUUGGUACCCUUCCCCAGAUCUGUGCCUCGACACAAUCCUGUCUCGGAGCUCUACGGACAAUUCCUCAUGGCUUGGUUUUUGCUCUGACAUGCACUGUCAACUGUGGGACCUUAUAUAGACAGGUGUGUGCCUUUCCAAAUCAUGUCCAAUCAAUUGAAUUUACCACAGGUGGACUCCAAUCAAGUUGAAGAAACAUCUCAAGGAUGAUCAAUGGAAACAGGAUGCACCUGAGCUCAAUUUCGAGUCUCAUAGCAAAUGGUCUGAAUAGUUAUGUAAAUACAGUGCCUUGCGAAAGUAUUCAUCCCCCUUGUUGUUUUUCCUAUUUUGUUGCAUUACAACCUGUAAUUUAAAUUGAUUUUUAUUUGGAUUUCAUGUAAUGGACAUACACAAAUUAGUCCAAAUUGGUGUAGUGAAAUGAAAAAAAUUACUUGUUUCAAAAAAUUAUAACAAAUAAAUAACGGAAAAGUGGUGCGUGCAUAUGGAUUCACCCCCUUUGCUAUGAAGCCCCUAAAUAAGAUCUGGUGCAACCAAUUACCUUCAGAAGUCACAUAAUUAGUUAAAUAAAGUCCACCUGUGUGCAAUCUAAGUGUCACAUAAUCUGUCACAUGAUCUCAGUAUAUAUACACCUGUUCUGAAAGGCCCCAGAGUCUGCAACACCACUAAGCAAUGGGCACCACCAAGCAAGCGGCACCAUGAAGACCAAGGAGCUCUCCAAACAGGUCAGGGACAAAGUUGUGGAGAAGUACAGAUCAGGGUUGGGUUAUAAAAAAAUAUCUGAAACUUUGAACAUCCCACGGAGCACCAUUAAAUCCAUUAUUAAAAAAAAUGGAAUGAAUAUGGCACCACAACAAACCUGCCAAAAGAGGGCCGCCCACCAAAACUCACGGACCAGGCAAGGAGGACAUUAAUCAGAGAGGCAACAAAGAGACCAAAGAUAACCCUGAAGGAGCUGCAAAGCUCCACAGCGGAGAUUGCAGUAUCUGUCCAUAGGACCACAUUAAGCCGUACACUCCACAGACCUGGCCUUUACGGAAGAGUGGCCAGAAAAAAGCCAUUGCUUAAAGAAAAAAAUAAGCAAACGUGUUUGGUGUUUGCCAAAAGGCAUGUGGGAGACUCCCCAAACAUAUGGAAGAAGGUACUCUGGUCAGAUGAGACUAAAAUUGAGCUUUUUGGCCAUCAAGGAUAACGCUAUGUCUGGCGCAAACCCAACACCUCUCAUCACCCCGAGAACACCAUCCCCACAGUGAAGCAUGGUGGUGGCAGCAUCAUGCUGUGGGGAUGUUUUUCAUCAGCAGGGACUGGGAAACUGGUCAGAAUUGAAGGAAUGAUGGAUGGUGCUAAAAACAGGGAAAUUCUUGAGGGAAUUUGAGACUGGGACGGAGGUUCACCUUCCAGCAGGACAAUGACCCUAAGCAUACUGCUAAAGCAACACUCGAGUGGUUUAAGGGGAAACAUUUAAAUAUCUUGGAAUGGCCUAGUCAAAGCCCAGACCUCAAUCCAAUUGAGAAUCUGUGGUAUGACUUAAAUAUUGCUGUACAACAGCGGAACCCAUCCAUUUUGGAGAUGGAGCAGUUUUGCCUUGAAGAAUGGGCAUAAAUCCCAGUGGCUAGAUGUGCCAAGCUUAUAGAGCUGUAAUUGCUGCAAAAGGUGGCUCUACAAAGUAUUGACAUUGGGGGGGUGAAUAGUUAUGCACGCUCAAGUUUUCUGUUUCUUGUUUGUUUCACAAGAAAACAUAUUUUGCAUUUUCAAAGUGGUAGGCAUGUUGUGUAAAUCAAAUGAUACAAACCCCCCAACAAUCCAUUUUAAUUCCAGGUUGUAAGGCAACAAAAUAGGAAAAAUGCCAAGGGGGGUGAAUACUUUCGCAAGCCACUAUAAGGUAUUGCUAAAAUUUCUAAAAACCUGUGUUCGCUUUGUCAUUAUGGGGUAUUGUGUGUAGAUAGAUGAGGGAAAACAUUUAUUGAAUCCAUUUUAGAAUAAGGCUGUAACGUAACAAAAUGUGGAAAAAGGGAAGGGGUCUGAAUACUUUCCGAAUGCACUGUAGGUCUGUUUUUAAAAUGCUUGUGUUUUUUAAAUAAAAUAUUCUGUGUUUUCAGGAGAACACAGACUAUUUGGACAGAGGUCCAACCACUACCUUCAGCAGAAAAGGCCCCAGCACCAUCCAGAAGAUAAAAGAGGCUUUGAAUUUCAUGAGAAACCAACACUUUGAGGUAUUACAGUCCCUCUAUUACCGUAGGUAAAGUUGAGUUCUUCCAUAUAAUUUUUCACAGUUCAUACAACUGUCUUUUAUUGUUUCACCUCUAGGUUCCGUUCAUAGCGUUCUACAGGAAAGAGUAUGUGGAGCCUGAACUCAAUAUCAAUGAUCUGUGGAAGGUUUGGCAGUGGGAUGAGAAGGUAAUAUACUGUAGUAUUGGAUUUUUGUUAACUUUAUCCCUUAAUUUAUUCUGUUUAAUGUGGGACUGUCAUUCCUCCUCAGUGGACCCAGCUGAAAACCCGCAAACAGAACCUGAGACGCUUGUUCCAGAAGAUGCAGGGAUACCAGUUUGAACAGAUCUCAGCAGACCCAGAUAAGCCACUGUCUGAUGGCAUUCGACCACUAGACACUUCAGAUUUAGAGAGGUAAGGCUUGUCAUGUCAAACAUGUUUGUAAGUAUGCCUUGUCUGAGCCAGAACGGACCAUAGGGCAGGAGCCUAUCUCCUGUUUCUGUAGUGUGAGGCAGCUUGAUGUAACAAGUACACCCCCUGGACAGUACGCUAGUCCAGGGGCGGCAGGUAGCUUAGUGGUUAAGAGCGUAGUGCCAGUAACCGAAAGGUCGCUGGUUCUAAUCCCCGAGCCGACUAGGUGAAAAAUCUGUCGAUGUGCCCUUGAGCAAGGCACUUAACCCUAAUUGCUCCUGUAAGUUGCUCUGGAUAAGAGCGUCUGCUAAAUGACUAAAAUAUAAAUGUCAUGUUAUGACACCUUUAUUAUCUUUGUUGUAUCACAAUGCUGACCUGAUUAUGUUUGUCUGACAAGGCUGAAGGAUGUCCAGUCUAGUGAUGAACUGAGCGACGUCUACAACCAUUUCCUGCUGUACUAUGGCCGGGAUAUUCCAAAGAUGCAGAAUGCAGCCAGGUCCAGCAAGAAGAAGCUGAAGAAGAUCAAAGAAGUGGAUGAAGAUGGUACAAUUUAGAUUAUAUAUUGUAAGAUCGUGAAAGCACUGUGGACUUUUGCCCUCAUCAGAGUAAUUCUCAUGUCUUCUGUUUGCAGGUAAUGAGCAGGAAGUAGAGGAGGAGGAAGAGGAAGAAGAGGAGCAGCCGAAGGGGCCGGACCUGAAGCUUGCAUCUCGCAGGGAUAUGUACAGCAUCUGCCAGGGUGCAGGACUGGGUGAGUGCUUUAUCAUGUGUGUCCAGUAGGUGUCACUAUCAGCACCUAUUACAGACAGAUUUGUGUGCCAUACAUCUCAGGUCUAUACAGUUAGUUCGUGAUAAUACAAAAACCUGCGAAAGAAUGUGCUACUGAAAAACUGUGACUAGUGUACUUAAACAGAGUUUGCCAAUCAAAGUGCACUUGCUGUAUCACGAGCCGACUGUAUUUGCAACAGUUUUUGAGUCCACCAUUUAAAGGGUUCUCUUAUCAGAUGGCCUGGCCAAGAAGUUUGGUCUGACUCCAGAGCAGUUUGGAGAGAACCUACGUGACAGUUACCAGCGUCACGAGACAGAGCAGUUUCCUGCUGAGCCAAUGGAGCUGGCUAAGGACUACAUCUGCAGGUUAACCAGCAACACAUUAUUGCACAUUGUAGUCCCCUGUAGCUCAGUUGGUAGAGCAUGGCGCUUGCAACGCCAGGGUUGUGGGUUCAUUUCCCACGGGGGGCCAGUAUGAAAAUGUAUGCACUCACUAACUGUAAGUCGCUCUGGAUAAGAGCGUCUGCUAAAUGACGUAAAUGUAUACAGAAUACACUUUCAUAUAAAGAUAACCCAACCAUUUGGGUUAUCUUCGAGAUAUUAGCUGAUGUAAGAAGGGCUAUAUAAAAUAAAAUUGAUUGAUUGAUUGAUUGAUUUGUUCUCUUUGCCUGUGCAGCCAGUUCAAUACAGCGGAGGCAGUACUGGAGGGGACUCGCUACAUGGUGGCCAUGCAGAUCGCUCGGGAGCCUCUAGUCAGACAUGUGCUCCGACAGACGUUCCAGGAGAGAGCCAAGAUCAACAUCAAACCCACCAAGAAGGGAAAGAAGGUAUACACCAUCUAUUUGCAAUAGGGUUGAAAAAUCACGGUAAGGUUCCAAAAAUUCCCAGGUUUUCCAGAAAUCCCGGUUGGAAGAUUGCUGCAAUCAGGAGUGAAUAAGCAAUAAAUCAUUUAUCCUUCUACCAGGAUUUCCUGGAAAACCUAAAUUUUGCAACCCUAGUCUGCAAUUAUCUCGACUUCUUUGUUGGUUGUAUUAGUGGUUUAUUUAGGUCUUUCAUGGGAUAUACAAUACUUUCAGAGGCGUCAGGUAGCUUAGCGGUUUGAACUUUGGGACUGUAACCGCAAGGUUGCUUGUUCGAAUCCCUGAUCCGGCAAGGUGGAAAAAUCUGCCGUUCUGCCCUUGAGCAAGGCAGUUAGCCCCCACACUGCUCCUCUGAUUCAGAGGGGUUGGGUUAAAUGUGGAAGACACAUUUUGGUUGAAUGCAUUCAGAUGUGCAACUGACUAGUUAUCCACUUUCCCUAUUCAUUCCCCUUGACUUAUUCCACAUUUUGUUGUUACAGUCUGAAUUCAAAAUUGAUUAAAUAUAUUUUUUAUCUCACCCAUCUACACACAAUACCUCAUAUUGACAAAGUGAAAACGUGUUUUUUUUUGUUUUAUAUUGUAUUUUUAGAAAAUGAAAUACACUCCACAUGAACUCAGGUGCAUCCAAUUACCUUUUAUCAUCCUUGAGAUGUCGCUACAACUUGAUUGGAGUCCACCUGUGGCCAAUUCAAUUGUUUGGACAUGAUUUAGAAAGAAACACACCUGUCUAUUUAAGGUCCCACAGUUGACAGUGCAUGUCAGAGCAGAAACUAUACCAUGAAGUUCAAGGAACUGUCUGUAGUUCGCCGAGAUAGAAUUGUGAUGAGGCAUAUAUCUGGGGAAGGGUAUAAAACAAUUUCUAGAGUGUUGAAAGUUUCUAAGCACACAGUGUUCUCCAUCAUUGGGAAAUAAAUAAAAAUGGACUCUGCCUAAAGCUGGCCGUCCGACCAAACUAAGCAACCAAGCAAGAAGGACCUUGGUCAGGGAGGUGACCAAGAACCCAAUGACCACUCUGACAGAACUACAGAGUUCCUUGGCUGAGAUGGGAAAAACCUGCCAGAAGGACAACAGUCUCUACAGCACUUCACCAAUCUAGGCUUUAUGGGAGAAUGGCCAGACGGAAGCCACUCCUGAGAAAAAGGCACAUGACAGCAUGCCUGGAGUUUGCAAAAAGGCACGUGAAAGACUCUGAGAGCAUAAGGCAAAAGAUACUGUGGUCUGAUGAGACAAAGAUUUAACUAUUUUGCCUGAAUGCAAAAAAACGCUAUGUCUGGAGAAAACCAGGCACAGCUCGUCACCUGUCUAACACCACCCCUACCGUGCAGCAUCAUGCUAUGGGGAUGGUUUUCAGCGGCAGGGACUGGGUGAUUGGUAAAGAUAGAGGGAACAAUGAAUGGAGCUAAAUACAGGCAUAUCCUUGAUGAGAACCUGCUUCAGAGUGCAAACGACCUAAGACUGGGGCAAAGAUUUAUGUUCCAACAGGACAAUGACCCCAAGCAUACAGACAAAGCAACGCUGGAAUGGCUUCAGAACAAGAAUGUGAAAGUCCUUAAGUGGCUCAGUGUCACGAGAAUUCUUUCUCUAAUACUCAAACUUUGAAUAAUCCCCAGAGGGUGUAAGACUCUAGUUAAGAAUGAAUUAAACAAAUUGUCCAGUCUGCAAGGGAUCAGCCAUCUUUAUUCAAUGAGAGCGCUCUCCCGCCAAAAACACACACAGACCCUUUUAUAUGCGUCCACACAAAGGACUUUGCUCUGGCCACCUUUUGGCGGCCUGUAACUUUCCACAGUAUAGAAUGUUUCAGCAGUUUCUAACAUCUUCCCUAUUAGUGGUUCUAUUUUCUUAUAACUCUAACACAGUUUACACAUUUUAUACACUAUCGGGGUGGAACACUUUAGUCAUUAAAAUAACCAUACAAAUUAAUCUAUCACUCAGCCAAAGCCCAGACUUGAAUCCCACUGAAAAUCUGUGGAAAGACUUGAAGAUUGCUGUUCACCGCCGUUCCCCAUCUAACUUAACAGAGCUUGAGAAAAUAUGCAAGGAAGAAUGGGAGAAAAUCCCCAAAUCCAGAUGUGCAAAGCUGAUACAGACCUACCCAAGACGACUCAAAGCUGUAAUCGCCGCCAAAGGUGCUUCUUAUGUGAAUGAGAUAUUUCUGUAUUUCAUUUUCAAUACAUUUCAAAAAAUAUGUUUUCACUUUGUCAUUAUGCGAUAUUGUGUGUAGAUGGGUGAGAUAAACAAAAUCAAUGUAAUCCAUUUAGAAUUCAGGCAGUAACACAACAACAUGUGGAAUAAGUCAAGGGGUAUGAAUACUUUCUGAAGGCACUGUACAUAUUGUAUAGAAAAAACAAGUGAUGUUCUUUUCAUUGAGUCAUAUUUUUACAUUUGAGUUAUUUAGCAGACACUCUUAUCCAGAGGGACUUACGGUUAGUGCAUAUAUUAAUAUGUCAUUAUCUAGUUUGGAGUACUCUACCAUACAUGUAUGUGGUCUAAUCUCUCCUAUAGGAUGUGGAUGAGGCCCAUUAUGGCUACUCCUUUAAAUACCUGAAAAACAAGCCUGUAAAGGAGCUGAAUGGAGACCAGUUCCUCAAGAUGUUGCAGGCAGAGGAAGAGGGCCUGCUCACCAUAAACAUCUGUAUUGACCUGAUUGGCGUGAAGGGGUGAGGGCUUGUUAUUAUAACAUUGUGUAAUAACAUAUUAAUAACAUAGUUUGCAUCCCAAAUGGCACCAUAUUCACUAAAUAGUGUAGUGCAUUAUGUAGGGAAUAGGGUGCCAUUUGCGAUGCAGCCUCUGAGUUUUGUGUAAUAACAUAUUAAUAACAUGUAAAAAUAUAUUCCAAAAUGUGCUCUGUUUACAUGUAUAGUGUCCUGAGUCAGUCAAGUAUCCAUUAUAUCACUAUGUUUGUUGAGCAGGUACGGAGGUGACCAUGCGUACUAUGAAGAGAUAAAGCAGUUUUACUACAGAGACGAGUUCAGCCACCAGGUUCAGGAGUGGAACAGACAGCGCACUCUGGCCAUUGAACGCUCCCUCAAACAGUUCCUUUACCCGCAGAUGGCAAAAGAGCUGAAGAACAAGCUUAUUGCAGAAGCAAAGGAGAACGUCAUCAAGGUACCUCCCCACACACACACCCAAGGAGGAGGAUACAUCUUCUGCAGCAACAUCUAUUAUUAUAUAUUGUGAAGACAUUACCUCAACAUUUCAUUAGAUUUUUCUUCUUAUUUUCUUUACAUUGAUGUGACGUCGUUGCUACUGUGGUAUUGAUGACUUAUUUUCUUAUUCUGGUAUUGACUUUCCAAAGCAGGCGGCUCAGAGCAUUGAUAUAUGUUGAGCCUGCUACAGUGUUGUGAUAGUGGUUGCCCGCCCCUCAGGCCUGCAGCAGGAAGCUGUAUAACUGGCUAAAGGUGGCGCCCUAUCGGCCCGACCAACAAGUGGAGGAGGACGAGGAGCUCAUGUCUGAGGCCCAGGGCAAAGGGAUCCGCGUGCUGGGAGUGGCCUUCUCAUCCAGCAGGUAGAGUACUGCACACUGUCUCUGACUUCACUUUGGGUGUGUCCCAAAUGGCAUCCUAUUCUCUAUGUAGUGCACUACUUUUGACUAGACCCUGUGUAUCUCUUGCCAAAAGUAGUGCACCAUAUAGGGAAUAUGGUGUCAUUUGGGACACUGACACUACCUUCAGUUCAUUGUCUUUACCACUUUUACAGUCAGCUAAAUUGAAUGACUUAUGGUUUGUGACCAUAGAAUUAGGAAUUAGAAUACUAGAAUGGACAUGAACCUUCUUAUGAUGGGAUAAAGGUCAGCCAUUUUGGUCAGGGAGUUGGUCAACCAUGGUUUGCCAGUGCUGUGAUAAAAUAUUGUGUAAAAUAAUGAAUUUCAAGAAUGUAUCUGCACUGUAUGUUUGUUAGCAAGCUAGCCAGCAAGUUUUAGAGGAAUGAUUCCAUACAUUUUUCAAAUGAUCUGCCAAUAUACCAACAUUGCAUUCAGUCAAUAGAUGUGGUAAAGAGGUCAAUGGAAUGCAGACCGUGGUGGAUAGAAGGACCCCGGAUUGGCGCACAUUCAACAAAUCUGAUCAAACAAUGUAGAUAUUUGUCAAAUCCAGCCCACAAUGUGGUUACUAAAGUCCGAUUUGGAUAUACACUACAUGACCAAAAGUAUGUGGACACCUGCUCGUCGAACAUCUCAUUCCAAAAUCAUGGGCAUUAAUAUGGAGUUGGUCCUCCCUUUGCUGCUAUAACAGCCUCCACUCUUCUGGGAAGGCUUUCCACUAGAUGUUGGAACAUUGCUGCGGGUACUUGCUUCCAUUCAGUCACAAGAGCAUUAGUGAGGUCAGGCACUGAUGUUGGGCGAUUAGGCCUGGCUCGCAGUCGGCGUUCCAAUUCAUCCCAAAGGUGUUCGAUGGGGUUGAGGUCAGGGCUCUGUGAAGGCCAGUCAAGUUCUUCCACACCGAUCUCGACAACCCAUUUCUGUAUGGACCUCGCUUUGUGCACAGGGGCAUUGUCAUGCUGAAACAGGAAAGGGCCUUCCCCAAACUGUUGCCACAAAGUUGGAAGCACAGAAUCGUCUAGAACAGGGGUGUCAAACGUACGGCCCGCGGGCCGGAUCAGGCCCGCAAACGGGUUUAAUCAGGCCCGCGAGAUGAUUUUUGGAAGAUUUUGGAAGUUUUUUUUUUUUUUGGGUAAAGUAUAAAAAUGCGCUGCAAUUUUUCUAUAAAAUAAACUGCUGUUCCAAUUGCGUCCACUGGAUGGCGCAAUAGCAAUUGUGUUAAGCAAGCAAACUGUUUAUACCGGGGCAGAGCAAGUAGGUCAAGCACGUGCAGCCAAUGAGCUACUUUGUUUUGCCCGCGAUAUUUAUUACGGCUUCUACUUUUAACAUUAUGUGCUUUGGCACCCUCAUUGCCCCAAUAUGUCUCUGUCAAAAAAGAGAAAAGUGGACGCAGAGUGCAGAGUGUUCCAAGAAAAAUGGUCAUCCUAUUUAUUCACGGAAUUGAAUGGGAAAGCUGUAUGUUUGGUGUGUUCAGAGCAUGUUGCAGUGCUGAAAGAAUAUAACCUUCGUCGCCAAUAUGUGAGUCUUCAUGCCGACAAAUAUGACAACUUUCAAGGACAGCGGAGAUGAGAGAAGGUGAAUGAACUGUUGGCGGGUCUGAAGAAACAGCAGUCUGUGUUUACUCACAGCCGAGACAUCAGUGACGCUGCAGUGAAAGCUAGCUACCUCAUUGCUAAUGAAAUCGCAGUGGCUUCAAAACCAUUUAGUGAGGGUGAAUUUGUAAAAACAUGCAUGAUGAAGGCAGCGGAGAUUGUGUGCCCUGAAAAGCGGCAGGCUUUUGCAAAUAUCAGCCUGACAAGAAACAUAGUUGCAGACAGGAUUUCCGAUCUUUCAGUGGAUUUGGACAGCCAGUUGAAGCAAAAAGUAAAGUCAUUUAUUGCGUUUUCGGUUGCAAUUGAUGAAAGCACGGACAUUACAGAUGUUGCACAACUGGCCAUUUUCAUCCGCGGAGUUGAUGACACAUUGACCGUCACCGAGGAGUUCGUGGAGUUGGUGCCGAUGACAGAUACAACGACAGCAGCUGAUAUUUUUACCGCACUCGUCGGCGCGCUGGACAGGGUCGGAGUGGACUGGUCCCGCGCUGUCAGCCUGGCUACAGAUGGUGCGCCCUCAAUGAUCGGGAAAAAAGCAGGCGUUGUGACAAAGUUCAGAGAGAAAGUGCAAUCUGCAAAUGAAGGAUGUGAUUUUUUGACUUUUCACUGUAUUUUGCACCAGGAGGCUUUGUGUUGUAAGUCAUUAAAGAUGGAUAACGUCAUGAAGGUGGUCAUCCAAACUGUUAAUUUCAUCCGAUCCAGAAGCCUGAAUCACCGUCAGUUUGACAGCCUUCUCAGAGAGAAAGACCACAUCUAUGGCCUGCCAUACCACACUGAGGUAAGAUGGUUAAGCCGAGGUGCUGUGCUGAGGCGUUUCUUUGAUUUACGAGAAGAAAUUGAACAGUUCAUGGAAGAAAAGGGCAAACCAGUGUUAGAAUUUCAUUCCGCAGAAUGGAUGCAGGACCUUGCAUUUAUGGUGGAUGUUACAGAGCACCUGAAUAACUUGAACAAACAGCUGCAAGGGCGCAACAAAGUUGUCACGCAGUAUUAUGACAGCAUACGUUCUUUCAAGUUGAAGCUGUCAUUGGGGGAGACGCAACUUGCCGGUGGUGAUGCAGCUCACUUCCCCUGUCUGAAAAAUGUGUGCGCGACCCAACAUGUGGCAGAGAUGAAGCGGUUCAAAGAUAAAAUAACGGGACUGUUACGGGAGUUUGAGCAACGCUUUCAGAUUUAUGUUUAUGUUUUUAUGUUGAUGUGCUAUUGUUUUUAAUUGUUUCUAUUUGUAUAUUUAACCUAUUCUUGACUCUGUGGUUCUUGCACUUGUUUGGGGAACAGGAUUUCAUUAUUUUUAUCUACAUUUCUGCCUGAGAAAUGACACCCUGAUAUAGUUCUGUGAUCUGUGAUAUACUUCUGUGAAUCACUGAGGCAUUGUGUGUUUGUGUGUUCUUUGUCCUCAGAACUUUCAAAUAACUUGAGGUGUUUUAUGAUUAAUAGUGAUGUUGUGCUUUUGGACACUGUCCUCAGGCUCCAGCUUUAUGUUUAUAUGUUUUUAUGUUGAUGUGCUAUUGUUUUUAAUUGAUUUUAUUUUAUUUGUAUAUUUAACCUAUUCUUGACUCUGUGGUUCUUGCACUUGUUUGGGGAACAGGAUUUCAUUAUUUUUAUCUACAUUUCUGCCUGAGAAAUGACACCCUGAUAUAGUUCUGUGAUCUGUGAAACAGUUCUGUUAAUCACUGAGGCAUUGUGUGUUUGUGUGUUCUUUUUCUUUAGAAUUUUCAAAUAAACUUGACGUGUUUUAUAAUUAAUAGUGAUGUUGUGCUUGUACUAUUUUGGACACACUGUCCUCAGGCUCCAGCUUUAUGCUGUAUGUUGAUCGUAUUAAAACAAAGAAAACAAUCUGAAGUUGUUGUUUUUAAGUUAUAUAUACACCAUGAUUUUUCCGGUCCGGCCCACUUGGGAAUAGAUUUUCCUCCAUGUGGCCCCUGAGCUAAAAUGAGUUUGACACCCCUGGUCUAGAAUGUCAUUGUAUGCUGUAGCGUUAAGAUUUCCCUUCACUGAAAUUAAGGGGCCUAGCCGGAACCAUGAAAAACAGCCCCAGACCAUUAUUCCUCCUCCACCAAACUUUAGUUGGCACUAUGCAUUGGGGCAGGUAGCAUUCUCCUGGCAUUCGCCAAACCCAGAUUUGUCCGUUGGACUGCCAGAUGGUAAAGCGUGAUUCAUCACUCCAGAGAAUGCGUUUCCACUGCUCUAGAGUCUAAUGGCGGCAAGUUUUACACCACUCCAGCCGACGCUUGGCAUUGCGCAUGGUGAUCGUAGGCUUGUGUGCAGCUUCUCGGCCUUGAAAACCCAUUUCAUGAAGCUCCUGACGAACAGUUCUUGUACUGACGUUGCUUCCAGAGGCAGUUUGGAACUCGGUAGUGAGUGUUGCAACCGAAGACAGAUGUUUUUUACGCGCUUCAGCACUCAGCAGUCCCGUUCUAUGAGCUUGUGUGGCCUACCACUUCGCGGCUGAGCCAUUGUUGGAAAGGUGGCAUCCUAUGAUGGUUCCAUGUUGAAAGUCACUGAGCUCUUCAGUAAGGGCAAUCUACAGCCAAUGUUUGUCUAUGGAGGUUGCAUGGCUGUGUGCUCGACUUUAUACACCUGUCAGCAACGAGUGUGGGUGAAAUUGCCGAAUCCGCUAAUUUGAAGGGGUGUCCACAUACUUUUGUAUACAGGUAAAAGUCAGUAAAUUAGAAUAUUUUGAAAAACUUGAUUUAUUUCAGUAAUUGCAUUCAAAAGGUGUAACUUGUACAUUAUAUUUAUUCAUUGCACACAGACUGAUGCAUUCAAAUGUUUAUUUCAUUUAAUUUUGAUGAUUUGAAGUGGCAACAAAUGAAAAUCCAAAAUUCCGUGUGUCACAAAAUUAGAAUAUUGUGUAAGGGUUACAUUUUGAAGACACCUGGUGCCACAAAAUAAUCAGCUGAUUAACUCAAAACACCUGCAAAGGGCUUUAAAUGGUCUCUCAGUCCAGUUCUGAAGCCUACACAAACAUGGGGAAGACUUCAGAUUUGACAGCUGUCCAAAAGGCGACCAUCGACACAUUGCACAAGGAGGGAAAGACACAAAAGGUUAUUGCAGAAGAGGCUGGCUGUUCUCAGAGCUCUGUGUCCAAACACAUUAAUAGAGAGGCAAAGGGAAGGAAAAACUGUGGUCAGAAAAAGUGUACAAGCGAUAGGGAUCACCGCGCCCUAGUCAAGAUUGUGAAAAAAAAACCCAUUCAAAAAUGUGGGGGAGAUUCACAAGGAGUGGACAGCUGCUGGAGUCAGGGCUUCAAGAUCCACCACCAAGAGACGCUUGAAAGACAUGGGUUUCAACUGCCGCAUACCUCGUGUCAAGCCACUGUUGACCAAGAAACAGCGCGAAAAGCGUCUCACCUGGGCUAAGGAAAAAAAGAGCUGGACUGCUGCUGAGUGGUCUAAAGUCAUGUUUUCUGACGAAAGCAAAUUUUGCAUUUCCUUUGGAAAUCGAGGUCCCAGAGUCUGGAGGAAGACAGGAGAGGCACAGGAUCCACGUUGCCUGAAGUCUAGUGUAAAGUUUCCACCAUCAGUGAUGGUUUGGGGUGCCAUGUCAUCUGCUGGUGUCGGUCCACUCUGUUUCCUGAGAUCAAGGGUCAACGCAGCCGUCUACCAGCAAGUUUUAGAGCACUUCAUGCUUCCUGCUGCUGACCUGCUCUAUGGAGAUGGAGAUUUCAGGUUCCAACAGGACUUGGCGCCUGCACACAGCGCAAAAUCUACCCGUGCCUGGUUUACGGACCAUGGUAUUUCUGUUCUAAAUUGGCCAGCCAACUCCCCUGACCUUAGCCCCAUAGAAAAUCUGUGGGGUAUUGUGAAAAGGAAGAUGCAGAAUGCCAGACCCAACAACGCAGAAGAGUUGAAGGCCACUAUCAGAGCAACCUGGGCUCUCAUAACACCUGAGCAGUGCCAGAAACUCAUCGACUCCAUGCCACGCCGCAUUAAUGCAGUAAUUGAGGCAAAAGGAGCUCCAACCAAGUAUUGAGUAUUGUACAUGCUCAUAUUUUUCAUUUUCAUACUUUUCAGUUGGCCAACAUUUCUAAAAAAUCCCUUUUUUGUAUUAGCCUUAAGUAAUAUUCUAAUUUUGUGACACACGGAAUUUUGGAUUUUCAUUUGUUGCCACUUCAAAUCAUCAAAAUUAAAUGAAAUAAACAUUUGAAUGCAUCAGUCUGUGUGCAAUGAAUAAAUAUAAUGUACAAGUUACACCUUUUGAAUGCAAUUACUGAAAUAAAUCAAGUUUUUCAAAAUAUUCUAAUUUACUGACUUUUACCUGUAUAUAGUGUAUUUGGCUGCAUAACAUUUAGAAAUAGUUCCUUCUCAGGUUUAGAAGAAUUUAGUGAUUGCUAUGCUAACUCCCGUUCGUAUAAGCUGGUAGCAUAGCUAGCAUAGAGAAAUCGGUGGUGGUAGUCAGUCCUUUUAACUGUAAUGCAGUUGAUUGGUGACGAUGACACGUGUAGGCUAAUUUUGCUGGGGGGCAAUGAGGAGAUUCGGGAUCUUUCCCCUACGGCAUCUUUCACCCUACGCGUUUCCAUGGCAUUUCCAUUAUUUUGGUUGAGUUACGUUGACCUCUUUACCACAUUUAUGUAGUCAAUCCACAGCCAUACACUGGCUAUCAUAUAAUAUCACUCAAAGCUUUCUAAGAAAACAUGUUUUACAAUUAUGGUCUGUUUAUAUAUUUUAGAGGCUAUUUAUACAGAGAAACUGUAUUUAUAAUUAUAUCACAAUAUUUUAGGUUGACAAUAAUUCUAUUACACAAUUUUUGAUAUAUCACAUGCCUUACUUUUAUUUUACUGCAUAAGUCAGGAUUAUGCCUCUACUGCCAUUCAUUCCAAUUAGACUGGUUUGGAUUUCUCCCUGGCCAAUAUGGCUGCCAUUUUCACCCCAUUCUGGAACUUUGAGGGUUUAUGACAUGGCCCCUCUAGUAAUUUAAUAGGACUUCUGUUUUUGUGACUUAGUUAUUAUUCACUGCAAACCUCUGUCUGUCCGCAGAGACACCCCAGUGUUCUGUGCCCUGGUGAACUGUGACGGAGAGGUGGGGGAUUUCCUCAGGCUUCCUUACUUCCUGAAGAGGAGGAACGCAUGGAGGGAGGAUGAAAGGGAAAAAAAGGUAUUUAUGAAACCAAACCAAGGGUGAGUCCUAAAUAGCACCCUAUUUACAUUUACAUUUUAGUCAUUUAGCAGACGCUGUUAUCCAGAGCAACUUACAGUAGUGAGUGCAUACAUUUUCAUACUUUUUUUGUUCGUACCAUAGGGCUCUGGUAAAAAGUAGUGCACUAUGUAGGGAAUAGGGUCCAUUUGGGACACAAGGCAACCAUCCAAUGUUGACCAUGUUCUAAUAUUUGUCCUACCAUACCUUUUAGAUCCACGAUAUUGAAACCCUGAAGACGUUUCUGAAUGGCAAGAAGCCUCACAUCAUCGCUAUAGCUGGGGAGAACAGGUGUGAAACCCUCUCCUGCUUUCUUUCACCUGUGGCCUUCUUAGACUGCUGUUUGAAGAAGGUUACUAACAUGACUGAGGAUGCAUCCCAAACGGCAUCCUAUUCCCUAUAUAGUGCACUACUUCCUGAAUGUUUGUAAUGUUCCCCCUCCACUCCCUGUGCAGGGACGCCCAGAUGGUGAUUGAGGACAUUAAACGCACUGCCAGUGAGCUGGAGCAGGAGUCCUCCUUCCCCACCAUCGGGGUGGAGCUGGUUGACAAUGAACUGGCCAUGCUCUACAUGAACAGCAAGAAGUCAGAGGUCAAGUCCUGACCUCAUUUCCUUAAACAUGUUUUCUUUAUUCUCACAAGACAAACAUUUCUUAAUCUCAAUUGUAUCUACAUUGGAGGUAUUCUACAUACUGUAGCUCCCAAAAGUAUCUGUGUGGUCCACAAUGUGGUUUUUAAAUCUGUAAUAUGUAUUGCCAAUUGAUUUUCUCUUAACUUUUAACUCUGCAUAUUUUUCUAUUUCUCCAAUCCACAGGCAGAUUUCCGGGACUACCCCCCUCUCCUGAGACAGGCUGUGUCUGUGGCCAGGAAGAUCCAGGACCCCCUGGUGGAGUACGCUCAGGUGUGCAGCAGUGACGAGGACAUCCUCUGCCUCAAGUUGCACCCUUUGCAGGUACUGAUGACAUCAUCCAGACUGAGUUCCAAAUAGGGCUCUGAUCAAAGGUAGCGCACUAUAUAGUGAAUAGGGUGCCAUUCAGGACGCAACCCCUGUCUCCAUUAGGCCAGGCGUGGUUGGGAGAUCAUCAUCACCUAGCGGUGGCUUUGAUGAAAACACACAGGUGGUUUACAGAGAUCCUUUAGAAACCCCUACUAAAAUCAUGAAAGUGGCCAUUUUAGGCCCUUUUCAGACCUAUACAUGCCCCCUGUAAGACCCAAUGAUCAGUGAACCGUACAUGAUACAGACAACACCUGUCAUUAUACUCUUAACAUUGUUCUCUAAAAUAUGGAGUAUCGCUACAUUCUGAAAUACAAUUUUACAUGUGAAUUUAUUAAACAUUAUAACUAUUAAUAUGAAUGUCUCAAAAGUAUCCUUUUUGAUUUUGUUCAUGUUUAGACCGAUUGUUUUAAACAAUAUACUCUACAAGUACAUCACAUUUCCAGAGUGAGUUAAAGUUAUGAUACAUUUUAUGAGCACCCCCGACACAGUGAAUGGGAAAAUGGAUUCAAAGGGAACGCCCUCUUCUGGUGAUUUGCUGAAUGUGCAAUCCUACAGGAGGGCUGUGAUUGGUUAAUGACCUAGAAUGGCAACAUAUAAAACUGAUAAUUUCUUCAAAAGUAGCAGAGAUCCCACUCUUGAAAUUGUUUGUGUUUGACGAGUAUAUUGUUCCAAACACCAAGAUUUUGUCUGUAAAAUGUAUGGUUCACUGAUCAUAGGGUCUUACAGGAGGCAGGUAUAGGUCUUAAAAGGGACUAAAAUGGUUAUAAACUUUUUUGGGGGAUACAAAUUUUUAAAGCAUGUUAAAAAUCUUUCCACCCAAAUUAAGUUUUUAUGUGAGAAUUGCCAGAAAAAUCGGUGAUUACAUGAAUAUUUUCGGACCAUGCUGGCGUGGAAUCGGCCAAAUGCAGAAGCAAGUCUAGUUGACUGUACAUGAUAAUCAUAGUCUGGUUUGAAUCAAAGUCUGUGAAUCAAUGUGUCUGUAAAGAGUGAGUCUGACUUCUCUGUCUGCCUCCCACACAGGAGCAUGUAUUGAAGGAGGACCUGCUGAAUGCUUUGUACUGUGAGUUCAUCAACCGGGUGAAUGAAGUGGGUGUGGAUGUGAACCGGGCCAUGGCCCACCCCUACACCCAGAGCCUGUUGCAGUACGUCUGUGGCUUGGGGCCCAGGAAGGGAUCCCACCUGCUCAGGGUAAGACAUAGAUCACUUGAGGCAUCUAGAUUGCCAACAUGUUAAUACAAUGUAAUUACAGUGUUACUACACAGAUAUAAGAGCAACAGUUGAAGUCGGAAGUUUACAUACACUUAAGUUGGAGUCAUUAAAACUUGUUUUUCAACCACUCCACAAAUGUCUUGUUAACAAACUAUCGUUUUGGCAAGUCGGUAAGGACAUCUACUUUGUGCAUGACACAAGUAAUUUUUCCAACAAUUGUAUACAGACGGAUUAUUUCACUUAUAAUUCACUGUAUCGCAAUUCCAGUGGGUCAGAAGUUUACAUACACUAAGUUGACUGUGCCUUUAAACAGCUUGGAAAAUUCCAGAAAAUGAUGUCAUGGCUUUAGAAACUUCUGAUAGGCUAAUUGACAUCAUUUGAGUCAAUUGGAGGUGUACCUGUAGAUGUAUUUCAAGGCCUACCUUCAAACUCAGUGCCUCUUUGCUUGACAUCAUGGGAAAAUCAAAAGAAAUCAGCCAAGAGCUCAGAAUUUUUUUUGUAGACCUCCACAAGUCUGGUUCAUUCUUGGGAGCUGUUUCCAAACGCCUGAAGGUACCACGUUUAUCUGUACAAACAAUAGUAUGCAAGUAUAAACACCAUGGGACCACGCAGCCGUCAUACCGCUCAGGAAGGAGACGCGUUCUGUCUCCUAGAGAUGAACGUACUUUGGUGUGCGAAAAGUGCAAAUCAAUCCCAGAACAACAGCAAAGGACCUUGUGAAGAUGCUGGAGGAAACAGGUACCAAACGAUCUAUAUCCACAGUAAAACGAGUCCUAUAUCGACAUAACCUGAAAGGCCGCUCAGCAAGGAAGAAGCCACUGCUCCAAAACUGCCAUAAAAAAGCCAGACUAUGGUUUGCAACUGCACAUGGGGACAAAUAUUGUACUUUUUGGAGAAAUGUCCUCUGGUCUGAUGAAACAAAAAUAGAACUGUUUGGCCAUAAUGACCAUCGUUAUGUUUGGAGGAAAAAGGGGGUCGCUUGCUAGCCGAAGAACACCAUCCCAACCGUGAAGCACGGGGGUGGCAGCAUCAUGCUGUGGGGGUGCUUUGCUGCAGGAGGGACUGGUGCACUUCACAAAAUAGAUGGCAUCAUGAGGAAGGAAAAUGAUGUGAAUAUAUUGAAGCAACAUCUCAAGACAUCAGUCAGGAAGUUAAAGCUUGGUCGCAAAUGGGUCUUCCAAAUGGACAAUGACCCCAAGCAUACUUCCAAAGUUGUGGCAAAAUGGCUUAAGGACAACAAAGUCAAGGUAUUGGAGUGGCCAUCACAAAGCCCUGACCUCAAUCCUAUAGAAAAUAUGUGGGCAGAACUGAAAAGGUGUGUGCGAGCAAGGAGGCCUACAAACCUGACUCAGUUACACCAGCUCUGUCAGGAGGAAUGGGCCAAAAUUCACCUAAUUUAUUGUGGGAAGCUUGUGGAAGGCUACUCGAAACGUUUGACCCAAGUUAAACAAUUUAUAGGCAAUGCUACCAAAUCCUAAUUGAGUGUAUGUAAACUUCUGACCCACUGGGAAUGUGAUGAAAGAAAUAAAAGCUGAAGUAAAUCAUUCUCUCUACUAUUUUUCUGACAUUUCACAUUCUUAAAAUAAAGUGGUGAUCCUAACUGACCUAAGACAGGGAAUUAUUACUAGGAUUAAAUGUCAGGAAUUGUGAAAAACUGAGUUUAAAUGUAUUUGGCUAAGGUGUAUGUAAACUUCCGACUUCAACUGUAUACCAAGUGUUACCAGAUAGAAUUGAUCAAAAUACAGUAGCAAUAUUUACCUAUAUGUUUUUAUUAUGACAGUAUCUUAGAAUAAUUCAGUACUCUACUGCAGGGGUUCCCAAACUUCACUCAGCCCCCCCCCCCCCCGCGUCUAUUUCUACGACACAAACUAUUCACACCCCUCUUGUUGGCGGAGAGAACAUUGUGCAUGUUUAAAGCUCAUUUUCUUUCAAUUCUAUACAUUUUGCCAUGUCUAAUGUGUAUUCAUGUGAUUUCUGAGUGACUCAAACAUUACGACAAAGUCUAUGAGCAAACAAACCUAGCUAAAAAAUGUUAGCUGACAUGGCCUAGUUGAUCAAAUGGACAUUAUAAAUAGCUCUCUAAGGUAUGCAAUGACAGACAUGAUGAGAAAAACUGCUGAUGCACUACCCAAUUUCGAAAUUGCACCUUGUGCAUUUUACUAUUACAACUUUCAAGAGUAAGUUGAAAGCCUGAACCUGCGCACCCUAUAGUUUGGGAACCACUGCUCUACUGUACUGACCUCUAACAGAUAUCUUUACAUGUACAUUUAUCCAUCUGUUUCCAGAUCCUGAAGCAAAAUAAUACUCGUCUGGAGAACCGCACUCAGCUGGUCACCAUGUGUCACAUGGGCCCCAAGGUCUUCAUCAACUGUGCUGGUUUCAUCAAGAUUGACACAGCUUCUCUGGGAGAUAGGUCAGUCUCAGAACAUUGGGCAUGGUCAUUCUUACAAUACUGCAGAAAAUACCUGAGACUAAACACCAUAUUGUUAAUAGAAAUUCAACUCAUAAUAGUAACAGUGAAUAGCUUGACAAAACUAAUUUUAUUGACAUCACACAGCCAAUUCACUAAAUAACUUAAUCAUUGACAUUAAGUGUCUCUCCCUACCUGCAGUACUGACUCCUAUAUUGAGGUUCUGGAUGGGUCGCGGGUGCACCCAGAGACCUACGAGUGGGCCAGGAAGAUGGCCGUGGACGCUCUGGAGUACGAUGAGUCAGCGGAGGACGCCAACCCGGCCGGGGCACUGGAGGAGAUCCUGGAAAACCCGGAGCGGCUCAAAGACCUGGACUUGGAUGCCUUCGCUGAGGAGCUGGAAAGACAGGUCAGUGUGGGAGAUGUAGGCUGCGUCCCAGAAGUAGUGCACUAUAUAGGGAAUAAGGUGCCAUUUGGAACACAUCUGUUGUCCUACUCUGGGUGGGUAUGAAGAGCUUGCAUACUCCUCCUGAUCUGAUGACAUUGUAGUGCUCACUCUUUGAGACUCUUUGUGUCCACAGGGUUAUGGUAACAAGGGCAUCACCCUGUAUGACAUCCGUGCUGAGCUGAGCUGCCGGUACAAAGACCUGAGGUCCACCUACAGAGGACCUAACACAGAGGAGAUCUUCAACCUGCUCACCAAGGAGACACCAGAGACCUUCUACAUCGGUACGUACUGUUCCUUCUCAACCAGAGCCUUAUUGAUAUCUCUUUCAAAGUGAUGGGUUAACACUACCAUGCUUUUUUUUUUUUGGGUGCAGGGAGUCACAGCCCCAAAGUUGACAUAGUAGAAAACAUGUAUAUAUCCCUUAUUGGUAUCUCAACACUGUUUGUCUUUGUCCUGUCCUGCCUCUCUAGGUAAACUUAUCACCAGUGUGGUGACAAGCAUUGCUCACCGGCGCCCCCAGGGGGAGAGUUAUGACCAGGCCAUAAGGAAUGAUGAGACAGGUCUGUGGCAGUGUCCUUUCUGUCAACAGGACAACUUCCCUGAGCUCAGCGAGGUGAGAAUCUGAUAUACUCCAUAUUCUGCUGCAAUCUAUACUGAAAGCCAAUCUGAAGAGUGGUGGGCUAUGGGUUUUAAGUUCCUAGCUUAUUAUUUGUUGCUAUAAUUAUAUUGGCCACAGCUGUCUUUUUGAUCAACAAAGUUUGACAUAGCCUCUGUUCUCUCUGGCAGGUGUGGAAUCAUUUUGACAGUGGCUCCUGCCCUGGCCAAGCUAUUGGGGUCCGCUGUCGCAUGGACAACGGAGUCACCGGCUUUAUCCCCACCAAGUUCCUCAGUGACAAAGUGGUCAAGCACCCUGAAGAAAGGGUUAAGGUAUCACGGUAGUUUCCCAAAAAAGAUAUCUCGAUUUCAGUAUAACUAACAGUCUAUUACCAAAGUCAUAUAACACUUUAACUUUAACCUGCUGUAGGUGGGCAUGACAGUGCACUGCAGGAUCAUGAAGAUUGACAUUGAGAAGCUCAGUGUGGAUCUGACCUGUCGGACGUCAGACCUGUCAGAUAAGAACAAUGACUGGAAGCUUCCCAAGGACACCUACUACGACUUUGACACUGAGACAGAGGAUGUGAAGCAGGAGGAGGAGGCCAAGAAGAAACAGCAGAGAACAAGUGUGUACCUGUCUGAGAGCUUACUGUACAUCUCUAGAUGGAGAACAUAUCUGGAAUUAAUAAAUUUGUAAAGUUACAUUUUGGAUUCAUCUUUAUUAUUGGUUGAUUUUGGUAAUGGUAGUAAGAGUUGUUUUUGGUCCGGUUUCCGGGACACCGUUUAAGCCUAGUCCUGGAAUAAGUAGCAUGUUCAUUUGAGAUUCUCCAUUUAAAGUGUUUUUUAGUCCAGGACUAGGCUACAUGUGUGUCUGGGAAACCAGCCCUAAUAAUAUAAUACUGAACGCUAAAAUACAGCUUUCGACUCCCUAUAGCCUACAUCAAGAGGGUGAUAGCCCACCCAUCGUUCCAUAACAUCAACUUCAAGCAGGCAGAGAAGAUGAUGGAGUCCAUGGACCAGGGAGAUGUGAUCAUCAGGCCCAGCAGUAAGGGAGAGAACCACCUGACUGUUACUUGGAAGGUUGCUGAUUGCAUCUACCAGCACAUUGAUGUACGAGAGGAGGGCAAGGAGAACGCCUUCAGCCUGGGACAUACCCUGUGGAUCAACACUGAGGUCAGCUCCAUUCACAGGCUUCUUCAUUAUGAAGCAGUAUAUGCCUGUAUGAAUAAAAAUAUGUGCAUCCAAAAUGGCACCCUUUCCCUAUAUAAUCCACAAAAGUAGUGCACUAUGUAGGGAAUAGUGCGCCAUUUGGCACAAAACCAAUGUGUUUCACUGUUUUAGUAGGUUGUGUGACCUAUUUCCCAGGAAUUUGAAGAUCUGGAUGAAAUCACAGCCAGAUACGUUCAACCAAUGGCUGCAUUUGCUUGCGAUCUGCUUGGUCACAAGUAUUUUCAAGAAUGCAGUGGUGGAGACCGAAAGGUUGGAACAAGGAUAUACUUUCUUUCAAUUCACAGUAUCAUUGUGUAUGAAUAUGUUUUUAUGUGUGUAUCAGUCUAUCUGCCAGUUUGUGUGUGUUUGAGACCUGUUUUCUGAAUUGCAGAAAAUGGAGGAGGUCUUGGUGAAAAGCAAGAAGGAGAAGCCUACAUUCAUCCCCUACUAUGUGUCUGCCUGUAGAGAGCUGCCAGGGAAGUUUCUGCUCGGUUACCAGCCCCGCGGAAAGCCAAGGUUACCUCAGGACUGCCAACCACACUAGCUGCUGCCUUUGUCAUUCAAAUCAACACCCAUUUAUAGGAUGCAUGGAUUUGCAUAGUGUCAUUUUUUCCCGUGUGCAAUUCACACCCUAAAGAGAAAAGCUCUUGUGUUGGAAAUGGUACUGCCUCACCCAAACCCAAACACAGAAUGUGUGUCAGGACAGUAGGGGAAGCAUGAAGUGCCUGUUUGUCUCUGCCUCUGUUGCCUGCUAAGAGCAAGAGUGAUCAUUGGUGCUUGUUUAGAGACUUGAAAGGACAUGAACAUAAACAUUAACCCUUACUUACCACUCUCUCACUAGCUCCGCAGGGUUUGUCACAUGUAUCCACAGUAAUCAUCACUGUUCAGUGAACCUUCAUAAAUACAGUACUGUGAUAAUGUAAUGUAAUUUCAUAGUCUCCCGAGUGGCGCAGUGGUGUAAGGCACUGCAUCGCAGUGCUAGCUGUGCCACUAGAGAUCCUGGUUCGAAUCCAGACUCUGUCGUAGCCGGCCGCGACCGGGAGACCCAUGGGGCGGCGCACAAUUAGUUGGUAGAGCAUGGCGUUUGCAACGCCAGGGUUGUGGGUUCGAUUCCCACGGGGGGCCAGUAUGAAAAUGUAUGCACUCACUUAACUGUAAGUCGCUCUGGAUAAGAGCGUCUGCUAAAUGACUAAAAUGUAAAUGUAAAAAAAAUGUAUGCACUCAUGUACAGUGCAUUCGGAAAGUAUUCAGACCCCUUCCCUUUUUCCACAUUUUGUUACGUUACAGCCUUAUUCUAAAACUGAUUACAUUAUUUUUACUCCUGUCAAUCUACACACAAUACCCCAUAAUGACAAAGCGAAAACAGAAAUACCUUAUUUACGUAAGUAUUCAGACACUUUGCUAUAGUCCACUUGUGGUAAAUUCAAUUGAUUGGACAUGAUUUGGAAAAGCACACACCUGUUUAUAUAAGGUCCCACAGUUGACAGUACAUGUCAGAGCAAAAACCAAGCCAUGAGUUAGAAGGAAUUGUCCGUAGAGCUCCGAGAUAGGAUUGUGUUGAUGCACAGACCUGGGGAAGUGUACCAAAACAUUUCUGCAGCAUUGAAGGUCCCCAAGAACACAGUGGCCUCCAUCAUUCUUAAAUGGAAGAAUUUUGGAACCACCAAGACUCUUCCUAGAGCUGGCCGCCCGGCCAAACUGAGCAAUCGGGGGAGAAUGGCCAUAGUCAGGGAGGUGACCAAGAACCCGAUGGUCACUCUGACAGAGCUCCAGAGGUCCUCUGUGGAGAUGGGAGAACCUUCCAGAAGGACAACCAUCUCUGCAGCACUCCACCAAUCAGGCCUUUAUGGUAGAGUGGUCAAAUGGUAGCCACUCAGGAAAAGGCACAUGACAGCCCGCUUGGAGUUUGCCAAAAGACACCUAAAGGAUUCUCAGACUAUGAGAAACAAGAUUCUCUGGUCUGAUGAAACCAAGAUUGAACUCUUUGGCCUGAAUGCCAAGCGUAAUGUCUGGAGGAAACCUGGCACCAUCCCUACGGUGAAGCAUGGUGGUGGCAGCAUCAUGCUGUGGGAAUGUUUUUCAGUGGCAGGGACUGGGAGACUAGUCAGGAUCGAGGGAAGGAUGAACGGAGCAAAGUACAGAGAGAUCCUUGAUAAAAACCUGCUCCAGAGCGCUCAGGACCUCCGACUGGGGCGAAGGUUCACCUUCCAACAGGACAACAACCCUAAGCACAGAGCCAAGACAAUGCAGGAGUGGCUUCGGGAGAAGUCUCUGAAUGUCCUUGAGUGGCCCAGCCAGAGCUCGGACUUGAACCCGAUCUAACAUCUCUGGAGAGACCUGAAAAUAGCGACGCUCCCCAUCCAACCUGACAGAGCUUGAGAGGAUCUGCAGAGAAGAAUGGGAGAAACUCACCAAAUACAAGUGUGCCAAGCUUGUAACGUCAUACCCAAGAAGACUCGAGGCUGUAAUCGCUGCCAAAGGUGCUUCAACAAAGUACUGAGUAAAGGGUCUGAAUAAAACUGCAUUGUUGGUUAAGGGCUUGUAAGUAAGCAUUUCACUAUAAGGUCUACCUGUUGUAUUCGGUGCAUGUGAGAAAUAACAUUUGAUUUGAUUUGAAUACUUAUGUAAAUGUGAUAUUUCAGUUUUAGUUUUAUUGUUUUUUGCAACAAUUUCUAAAAAGCUGCAUUUGUUUUGUCAUUAUGGGGUAUUGUGUGUAGAUUGAUGAGGGGGAAAAAAACAAUUUAAUCAAUUUUAGAAUAAUGCUUUCCGAAUUCACUGUAAUGUCAUUGUUAGAAUGUCAUAAUCAGAACGUCAUGACUUUUCUCUGGCAUGCAGGGUUGAGUUUGUGACUGUCACGCCUGAGGGGUUCAGAUACAGAGGCCAGGUUUUUCCCACAGUCAAUGGACUUUUCCGCUGGUUCAAAGACCAUUUCCAGGAGCCAGUGGCAGGUCAGAGCAUUUACAGAAUGCUGCCUUAGAAAUGCCUCACAAUGAAACAUACAGACCAGGGUAAUCAUGCUCUAAUGACAGAUUCACUUCUGUUAUCUGAUAUUUGGUAUUUCUCCUACAGGGAUUACUCCCAGCAGCAGCAGUAGAACACGUACCCCAGCCUCUAUCAAUGCCACUCCAGCCAAUAUUAACAUUGCAGGUCAGUUUAGGGCCGGGACUAUACUAGUAUCGCCAUAUUUUUUCCAUGGCAAAAAUGAAAACACGAAGCAGACUUCUCUCUUUGGUCCUUUAGAAACCUUCUGUAUGUAUAAUAUUGUGUGCUAUAGCUUGGAAAAUAAAUAGAUGUGACUCUGGAUGACAACAUAAUGAUGUUUGGUUCCAACAUCAGGGCUGUUUUCCUAAAUAAAUUUAAUCCGCUUCGUGUUUUGUUUCCUUGCCACGAUACUAAUGAGUAUCGUGAUACUGGUAUCGUCCAGGCCCUAGGUCAGUUACUGUGUAUACUUACUCCCCAAGAUCUAUAUGGCUAUAAUAUACUGUAUGUUACCUCAAUUGGUUUUUAUCAUUUCAUGCAUCCUAAGGUUGGAAUCAUCAACAUGUUAAGGACUUUUAAGAAGCAGUUUCUCUGUUUAAUCUUCUCCUAAUGAAUGAAGUUGUAUGUGUUGUGUAUGCCCUGUGUCUCUGUCACUCAGAUCUGACUCGUGCAGUGAACGCCCUCCCUCAGAACAUGACCUCUCAGAUGUUCAGUGCCAUUGCCGCGGUAACAGGCCAGGGCCAGAACCCCAACACCACACCUGCCGGGUGGGCAUCCAGCCAGUACGGCUACACUGGUAGCAGCAGCGGCGGAGGGGGCAGCAGCGGCCCCUAUCACGUACGUUUGGAAUACACAGAUGCUUACUGUAUAUCUGAAUAUUAUCACAAAAACUUUUGAGUUUCAUCUCUAUCAGUUUUUCAUAUUUCUGUUCAACAUGAGCCCUUCAACUUUAUUUUUUCUGUCCCAGGUGUUUACCACACCAGCUCAGCAGCCCAUUGCUACUCCCCUUCUGACGCCCAGCUAUUCGUACACCACCCCCACCCCCAGCCAGCAGCAGACUAUCACCACGCCCCAGUACCCCAGCACCACUCCCCAGUCCUCACACGGAUCACACGGACAUGGACACCGCCCUUCCUCCUCCACACCAUCAUCAUCCUCUUCCUGCCACCACAGGACACCAACACCAAAGUAAGUCACUUCUCAAAACUAGCUCUUAGACAGAAUUAUCCAAAUAGAGAAAAUCUUUCAAUUUGGGUAAUUCAAAUGGAGAGACUAUGGUCCAUGUAUGUAGCUGGGUACUUAUAGAGGAUUUCUUACGGAGGUUUCCAACCGCAGAUAACUUACCUCUAAUUGUUCUAGAAGCAUACAACUGCUAUAUUGCGAGUGAGUGAGUAAGUAAAUAGUGAGUUAUCUUCUCUCCCUGCUCCCAACCCACAGGGCAACUUCCCACACAGCGGUGGACUGGGGCAAGAUGGCAGAGCAGUGGCUCCAGGAGAAAGAGGCAGAGCGCAAGAAGACCAGGUCCAGAAUGACCCCACGACCUUCUCCCAGCCCCAUGAUCGAGAGCACGCCCAUGUCCCUCGCUGGAGACGCCACACCGCUGCUGGAUGAGAUGGAUCGCUAGGUCCAGAGGAGACUCUCUUUCUCCCGAGCCCACUGUUACUCACCCCUAGUGUACUGUAAAUGAACUGGACUCAUUAUAUAAUACUGCAUACACUUCACCACUUCAGUUGGUCACAUUGAAGGAUAAGAUGAUGGUGACCAACAUGGAUUUGUGAAUUGCAUGUGGAAAAUGGAUUUGAUAACAGUGGUUUGUUUCAAAUGAACCUAAAGAAAAUGGUUGGAAACGUUGACUAUCACUUCUUUGGUAGCACUGUUCCUCACUUGCAAUUUUUGUGGAAUGUACUGGAAACAAUGAAAACUGCAUGCCUUGUUUAAACCAGGUUUUAAGCAUAUUAACUUCAAAUGCAUGUGAUGCAACAAAAAACAAUGAAAACUAUUUAUUUCUGAAUCACUCCCGAGGUUACUGUAACAUAUGCUAUUUGAAUAUUAACCAUCUCUCAGUAGGGGUUCGAAAAGGCUAUUUCUAGAACCAUGUAUAUUAUAUCUAUACCAUUUAAUCUUUGUCACAUGGGUCUUAGGCCAUUUUAAUAGCUAUCUUGUUAGUUUCUGGAUUCAUAUCCAGUUGCUGCUUAGUGUAAUGCCUGACAGCUGACUGGGUAUAGGCUUUAGCCUACAGUAGCUAUACAGGCUUUAUGUCUAGUCUGUGUGUAACACAAUGAAGAACAUUGACAGUAUUACUUAGAAGUGCUGAACAAAAUAAGUAUAGGACAUCAAGCACAAUGUUUUUAGUAUUUUUAAAUGCAUUCCCGACUGAAACAUGUUGUCUGUGCUUACUGUGCUACAUCAGCAUAUUCACAUUACAGCUACUGUCCCGUAAUAUACAGUACACUUAAAUGUUAUCCUCUAUCAGUGUAUUUCAUCCAUUUGAAUUUAUUUAAAACCCAUCAAAUACACUUCCUGUAGUUCAAUUAAACUCAUGUAAGAACAGUGUCAGUCAUUUUCAGUAUUCAUCAUGUUCUCAUUUACAUUUUUAGUCAUUUAGCAGACGCUCUUAUCCAGAGCGACUUACAGUUAGUGAAUAUUUUUUUAUUUUUUAUACUGGCUCCCCGUGGGAAUCAAACCCACAACCCUAGCGUUGCAAACGCCAUGCUCUAUCAACUGAGCUACAUCCCUGCCGGCCAUUCCCUCCCCUACCCUGGACAACGCUGGGCCAAUUGUGCGCCGCCCAUGAGUCUCCCGGUUGCGGCCGGCUGUGACAGAGCCUGGAUUCGAACCAGGAUCUCUAGUGGCACAGUUAGCACUGCGAUGCAGUGCCUUAGACCACUGCGCCACUCAGGAGUACAAAAUGAGUACAUAACAAAUAGAAGAGAUCUAUCAGUGCCAGCCUGCAGUACUAAUUAAAGCUGCAUGUUAGCAUUGUUGAAUGCCUUUCCUUCAUAGAAAUUAAAAAAUACAGAAGAAUCUCUUGUUUCUUUGCCAACUGAGAACAAUUGUUCCUCACAAGUACUCAGACCAUACAAAAUACAGUAUGAUUCCAUUCAAAAGACCAUUGAAAAAACAGACAAUGCAGAUUAUUUAAUAUUAUGUGGUAUGAGGUGAGAAGCGAUUAUACCUUGUCUCAGAUCCAACUAGCCCACUACGUUGCCAGUAUUGCUUAAACAUACUGACCCAGUCUGGAACACGGUCAGUAGCAUGAAAGUUGUCUUUGUUAUUAAGCUUUGAAUACCAGUCACUGCUUACUGAAGUGUCCAACUGUUUUACUAUUACCCUAGCUGGUGUUUUCAGUCUGUAACAUAUCCUGGCAUUUUAUUGUAAAUUAGCUCAAUUAAAUCAAGAAACAACAGACAAGAAACAAAAGACAGAAACAGGAAUUGCAUGUUUGGAGGCCUCGAGCUGUUUAUGUUCAUAUCCUUUAAGUGGGAAAUACAAAAAAAUAAUGUGCACCUUCCAUGAACUGCUGGACAUAAUUACAUAAGUUAUUCUAUACAUCUAUAUCUGUGCUCUGUACAGUAAGCUACAGUAUAGUAUGUCAAUCUCAUUCUGUGAAACUCCUCAGAGUAGCAUGUGAGAAUCAGCUGAGGGAUUU